AUGCAGUUCAAAAUAUUCAUUGCUUGCCUCUUCGCGGCAAUGUCCUCCGCCAACGAAGUUGAUCCAGCGGACGACAGUGCUGCUUAUAUGACCGUCGUUACACCCCAUUUCAAAGUUGAAGUGAUGGUUAAAUGUCCAGAAACCAGCAUUUUCUGCAUAUCUCUUCUCCCCGAGUUCAAUCCCAUCAUCAUUAACGCAUUAGAUAUAAUCACAAAUACUCUUUACACACCACAGGGGCUGAGUCCGGCCACAGAUUUCAGAGGUUCGAUCCCCAAAACUACAUCGAUAGCUAUUCGUUUCGUGUAUUCUGAGGAGCCAGGUUGGGUAGGUAAGACAGAUCGGUUUAAGAGCCGUGAUGAUCACCACAGAACCAUUAACCUCAAGCUGUCAGAUUUCGAGAGAUUAAAUGUCACCUGGAUGGACCAUGCGAGGCUACUUGACUAUCUAGCCUAUGUCAUGACCCAUGAGCUUGUACACUGCUACCAGCACUACUACCCUCUCCCCAGCUCGAAUAUAUUCGUGAAACAUUGGGAUGUGUGGAAGAACGUCUGGAAGUGGGUAAACGGAAAGAAGCGCAGUAUACAAGUAUGGCAUACACCGGUAGGCCUUAUUGAAGGAAUUGCCGAGUUUGUGGUGCUAGAGUCUAACUUGAAAGCAAAGUCAUGGGCCGUACUCUCUCGAAUUCCAAUCAAUUCAUCACAACUUACUUAUGACUGGGAUAAAGGGUAUGUCUACACAGCCAAUUUCUUGAUAUUCCUCGAGCAUGUGUGGGUUGGACCAGGCGCCGUUGCACGGAUUAAUGACCGACUGUUGCAAAAAGGCUAUACAGAGAAAGAGCUGCAAGAUCCAAAUUUCUGCACUACUGACAAAGGAUUCUGGGAGGAUCUUUUCGGGAACACUAUAGAUGUUCUUUGGCAUGAAUAUGGACUAUAUCUCGAUGGCAUGGGCCAAUCUCCAUGGACACAGUCUAAAGAGAUUAAACCAGACAAGAAAUGUUGGAAUAAGAGGGGGUUUUUCCUUACAGCGAUUAUUUUCUCGCUGACGCUUGGCCCCGUGUUGGAACUUUUUGGUGUGCCGACAGAUGAAGAGCGAGAGGCAGCUGAAGAGGCAAAACGUCAAGUUAUUUUGAAGAAUGUAAAGAGCUUGCGUACCCUAAUCGCUCCGAGAGGUGAAUAA